AUGGUGAGGGAGAGAACCCACAUAAACGUGGUCAUCAUUGGCCAUGUUGACAGCGGAAAGUCAACCACCACUGGUCACCUGGUCUACAAAUGCGGUGGUGUCGACCCAAGAACAAUUGAGAAGUUUGAGAAGGCUGCAGCCCAGAUGGGCAAGAGCUCUUUCAAAUAUGCCUGGGUGUUAGACAAACUGAAAGUUGAGAGGGAGCGGGGAAUUACCAUUGACAUUUCAUUGCUGAAAUUCAACACACACAAAUACACUAUCACGAUAAUUGAUGCUCCAGGCCAUCGUGACUUCAUCAAGAACAUGAUCACAGGGACAUCACAGGCUGAUGUUGCCCUCCUGGUCGUGUCUGCGGCCAAAGGGGAGUUUGAGGCUGGUAUCUCCAGGAAUGGCCAGACCAGGGAACAUGCCUUGCUCGCCUACACGCUUGGUGUCAAGCAAAUCAUUGUCGCUGUAAACAAAAUGGAUGUGACUGAGCCACCAUACAACCAGAAGCGCUUUGGUGAAGUGGUCAAAAGCGUGAGCACUUUCCUCAAAAGAAUCGGCUAUGAUCCCACUGCUGUGCCUUUUGUUCCGAUCUCUGGCUGGACCGGUGAGAACAUGCUUGCCCCAUCUCAGAAAAUGUCCUGGUUCAAAGGCUCUAAAGUCAAGAGCGGACAAGGGCAUGCAAAUGGGACAACUCUACUUGAAGUCCUGGACUACAUCCAUCCACCAGUGCGUGUAGCCAACAAGCCUCUGAGGCUGCCCCUGCAGGAUGUAUACAAGAUUGGAGGAGUGGGCACGGUUCCAGUGGGGAAGAUCGAGACGGGGAUCCUGAAGCCCGGCAUGACCCUGAUGUUCUCUCCCGCCAAGCUGACUGCCGAGGUCAAGUCCAUUGAGAUGCACCACGAGGGUCUGCAGAUGGCUGGGCCUGGCCACAACGUGGGCUUCAACAUCAAGAACGUGUCUGUAAAGAACCUCCGCCGUGGUGAUGUGGCGGGGAACGCCCAGCAUGACCCUCCCUCUGAUGUCAACAGCUUUGUGGCACAGCUCAUAAUCCUGAAUCAUCCUGGCAAAAUCAAGACUGGCUACUCUCCCGUACUGGACUGCCACACCACCCAUGUGACCUGCCGCUUUGCAGAGCUGAGGGAGAAGAUUGACCGUCGCACAGGGAAGAAGCUGGAGGACUUUCCCCAGACCCUGCAGUCUGGUGAUGCUGCCACUGUCAAGAUGAGCCCCAACAGACCCCUCUGUGUGGAGAGUUUCUUCACCUACCCUCCUUUAGGUCGGUUUGCAGCGAGGGACUUGAAACAGACUGUUGCUGUGGGAGUCAUUAAGUCAGUGGAUAAGGACCAUGGAUCAAAGAAGCAUGCACAGAAAGGCCAAGUCUCAAAAUAA